UCUGCUGCAUUACUCUACAAUAGCAUGUUAGUGUAAUGGUCCAGUCCCUCCCUCUCUCCUCUCAGUCUGCCUCCAGCUCUCUGCCCUGCCACAGCUCAUCUCUCUCUCCCUAGCGAGGAUGACAGCCCCCAGUCUGAUGAACCAGCGAAGCUCUCAUUCUGGCUGGUGGCUUCCCAGGGAGACCCCACAUGAACGGGCUUACUGGACGACGAGCUGCCGCCGCGUCUGAGGAGCUGCGUGGACAAGCUGCCAGCUGUAGCCGUCUCUGAAUUAGUGAGUCCACAUCCUUCAGCUCUCUAUAUCAGACCGUCUCCUGUGGAAAAGCUUCAUUACAAACAGCAAAAAGCAGCCAGCCGGCCACAUGUCACAGGUAUUACUCUUCCCAUGGUUGAACAGGAGAUCUCACUUGUCCAGAGAAAGAUGUCUGACCUGGAGUCGGUGCUGCAGCAGAAGGAUAUAGAGCUGAAGGCCUCAGAGACCCAGAGGACCAUCCUGGAACAGGACCUUGCCACCUACGUCACAGAAUGCACUAGUCUGAAGCGCAGUUUGGAGCAGGCUCGUAUGGAGGUGUCACAGGAGGACGACAAAGCUCUGCAGCUCCUCCAUGACAUCCGGGAGCAGAGCAACAAGCUCCAAGAGAUCAAGGAGCAGGAAUAUCACGCCCAGCUGGAGGAGAUGAGAGUGUCCAUCAGACAGCUGGAGGAGGACCUGUCUGCCGCCCGCCGCCGCAGCGACCUGUACGAGUCCGAGCUGAAAGAGUCUCGGCAGAGCGGCGAGGAACUGAAGAGGAAGACUGCUGACUACCAGCAGAGGAUGCAUAAGGUCAAAGAACAAGGCAAAGCAGACGCAGAGGAGCUGCUCACCAAGUUGGAGAAGACCAGUUCUGAGCAGCAGACCAGGAUCCAGGACCUUCAGGAGAAGCUCGCCAAGUCGUUGAAGGCCAGUUCUGAAGCUACAGACCUCCUUCAGAGUAUGAGAGCGGCCAAAGAGCGCAUGGAGAGAGAUCUGGAGAGGAUGCAGAACAAGGAGGACUCCAGUGAUAGUCUACGUAGACGCCUCCGAGAGACCGAGGAUGGCAGGAAGACUCUGGAGAACCAGGUGAAGAGGCUGGAGAUUGUGGAGCGCCGGGAGACUAAGCUGAAGGAGGAGAUCCAGAGCAAGGCCCAGCAGAUUCAGCAGAUGGCCGAUAAGAUUCUGACGCUGGAGGAGAAUCUACGAGAGGCCACAGCCACCGGCCAGCGGCUGGAGACUCAUCAGAAGCAGAAGGAGAAGCUCUAUGAAGACAAGAUAAAGGUGUUGGAGGCCCAGAUGAAGGCGGACAUGGCCGAUAAGGAGAUGCUGGAGUCCAGUCAGAGCAAAUAUGAAGAGGAGGUGCGGGAGAAGUGCAGCAUCAUCAGUGAACAGAAGGCGACCAUAAAUGCGAUGGACUCUAAGAUGAACAGCCUGGAGCAGAGAAUCUCUGAGCUGUCUGAGGCCAACAAGCUGGCAGCCAACAGCAGCAUCUACACCCAGAAAAACAUUAUGUGUGGUGUUGGCAGGAAAGCCCAGGAGGAGAUGAUCUCAGAACUUCGCCAGCAGAAGUUCUACUUGGAGUCUCAGGCCGGGAAGUUGGAGGCCCAGAACGCCAAACUGGAGGAGCAUCUAGAGAAGAUGAGUCAGCAGGAGCAAAGCAAUAAGAGCCGAGUAAUGGAGCAGGAGACCAGGCUCAGAGAGAUCGGGCUGGAGCACGAGGAACAGAAGCUGGAGAUCCAGCGUCAGGUGACCGAUCUGACGCUGUCGCUGCAGGAGCGUGAAUCCCAGAUCAGCAACCUGCAGGCAGCUCGCCACGCUGUGGAGAACCAGCUGCAGCACGCCAAGACUGAGCUGGAGGAAACCACCGCCGAGGCCGAGGAGGAAAUCACUGUCCUCAGAGCACACAGAGACGAGAUACAACGCAAGUUCGAUGUGUUGAGAGACAGCUGUGCGGUGAUCACAGAUCUGGAGGAGCAGCUGACUACCCUGACUCACGAGAACGCCGAGCUGAACCGCCAGAACUUCUACCUGUCAAAGCAGCUGGAUGAGGCCUCUGACGAGAGGGAGGACCGGCUGCACCUCAGCCAGGAUGUGGACCGGCUGCGUCGGGAGGUGGCUGACCGGGAAAUGCACCUCAACAACCAGAAACAGAACCUGGAGACUCUGAAGACCACAUGCACCAUGCUGGAGGAGCAGGUUCUGGAGCUGGAGACCCUGAACGACGAGCUGCUGGAGAAGGAGAGACAGUGGGAGGCCUGGAGGGCAACCCUGGAGGAGGAGAAGAACCAGGCUGAGAGGAGGACCAGGGACAUCCAGAGACUGCUGGACACAGAGAAACAGAACAGGCUUCGUUCAGAGCAGCGCAGCUCCGAGUCUCGCCAAGCGGUGGAACAGGCCGUUAAGGAGCACAAAGCUGAGAUCCUGGCCCUGCAGCAGGCCCUCAAAGACCAGAAACUCAAAGCUGAGAGCCUCACAGACACUCUGAAUGAUCUGGAGAAGAAGCAUGCAAUGCUGGAGAUGAACGCCCACAGUUUGCAGCAGAAGCUGGAGAGUGAGAGGGAUCUGAAGCAGAGGCUGCUGGAGGAGCAAGAGAAGCUGCAGCAGCAGAUGGACGCCCAGAAGACCCACAUCUUCCGUCUGACCCAGGGGCUGCAGGACGCUCUGGACCAGACCGACCUGCUGAAGACUGAGAGGACGGACCUGGAGUACCAGCUGGAGAACAUCCAGCUCCACCUGCAGGCUGUGUACUCCCAUGAGAAGGUGAAAAUGGAGGGGACCAUCACCCAGCAGACCAAGCUCAUAGACUUCCUCCAGGCCCAGGCUCACGGGGGCUCCAAGAAGAAGAAGGGUCUGUUUGGACGCCGUCGAGAGGACCUGCUGGCUGCCAUGGCUGCUCAGGCCCAGGCCCAGGCCCAGGCCCAGGGUCAGGGUCAAGGUCAGGGUCAGGGUCAGGGUCAGGGUCAGGGUCAGGGUCAGGGUCAAGGCCAGGUUUCCCCGGUGCCCUCCAUCCAGCCGGUGCCUCUACAGUACAGCGACAUGAAGGUAGCUCUGGACAAAGAGCGCUCUCGCUGCUCUGACCUGGAGGACGCCCUGCAAAAGAUGAGAGCGGAGCUGCGAUCUCUGAGAGAGGAAGCGCUGCAGUAUAAGGAUCAUGGUAACUCUGCCAACCCGGCUGCAGCACGCCAGCAGAUGAUCCUGUCUGCCAUGGUGAAGUCUCCUGAGCACCAACAGGGCCCGACCAACCUGGCGCCCUCCAACUCAGAGCGCCGGAAGGCCACCGCCACACCCGAGGAGAGAAGGAGGGUCACUUUUGAAAAGUUCAGCCGUCGUCUGAAGGACAGUCAGAGAGACAGGGACAGGGAGAGAGAGAGGGUGGUGCACCACAACACGCCUCACCGCUUCACCGUGGGACUCAACAUGAGAGCUGCCAAGUGUACCGUGUGCCUGGAUACGGUGCACUUUGGUCGCCAGGCUGCUACCUGUCUCGAAUGUCAUGCUUUGUGCCACCCAAAGUGCUCCCCCUGCCUUCCAGCCACAUGUGGCAUGUCCAGCGACUGUUCCCUGCAUCUGUCGGAGGGUCUGUGUCGGGACAAAGGCAGCUCCCCAGGCCAGCAGCUCAAAGAGGCCAGCGGACACAUGCACCUGGAGGGCUGGAUGAAACAGCCCAGGAACGGGAAGCGAGGCCAGGGCUGGGAGAGGAAGUACAUGGUCCUGGAUGGGACUAAAGUGUCCAUCUACGAGAUAGAGCCCAGAGAAGACUCAGUCAAGCCUCUGGAAGAGUUUGACCUGUGUUUGUCCGAUGGAGAGGUGGUUGUUCAUGGAGCAGUCGGGGCGUCGGAGCUACCCAGCACUGCCAAGUCAGAUGUUCCCUACGUCCUGAAGCUGGAGUCCCGUUGUCACCCUCCCUGCUGGCCUGGACAGUCACUUUACUUCAUGGCUCCCAGUUUCCCAGACAAACAGCGCUGGGUGGCCGUCAUGGAGUCCGUGGUGGCGGGGGGGCGAGCCUCGCGGGAGAAGGCCGAGGCCGAUGCAAAGCUGCUAGGAAACUCUCUCCUGAAGCUGGAAGGAGACGACAGGCUGGAUAUCAACUGCACCCUCCCCCUCACCGAUCAGAUAGUUCUGGUGGGCUCUGAAGAGGGUCUGUACGCCCUGAAUGUGAUCAAGAACUCUCUGACUCACAUCCCUGGCCUGGGAUCAGUCUUUCAGAUCCACAUCAUCAAAGAGCAGGAGAAGCUGCUGAUGAUCGUCGGGGACGAGAGGGCACUGUGUCUGGUGGAGAUUAAGAGGGUGAAGCAGUCUCUGGCCCAGUCCCACCUGCCCAGCCAGUCUGAACUGGCUCCCUACAUCUUUGAGACGGUGAAGGGCUGCCACCUGUUUGCUGCUGGGAGGAUAGACAACGGACCUUGUAUAUGUGCUGCUAUGCCUAACAAGAUCACCAUUCUGCGCUACAACGACAAUCUCAACAAAUACUGCAUUCGUAAGGAGAUUGAAACUCUGGAGCCCUGCAGCUGCAUCCACCUGACCAGCUACAGCAUCAUCAUUGGAACCAACAAGUUCUACGAGAUUGAGAUGAAGCAGUUUGUGCUGGAGGAGUUCCUGGACAAGAACGACGUGUCUCUGGCCUCAGCGGUGUUCGCAGCUUCGUCCCACAGUUUCCCCAUCGCCAUCAUGCAGGUGGCCAGCAGCAUGCAGAAGGAGGAAUACGUGCUCUGCUUUCACGAGUUUGGAGUGUUUGUGGACACGUACGGACGAAGAAGCCGCACUGAGGACAUUAAGUGGAGCCGUCUGCCUCUGUCCUUUGCCUACAGAGAGCCCUACCUGUUUGUCACCUACUUCAACUCUCUGGACGUCAUCGAGGUUCAGGGACACGCUGCUCUGGGUCCUACAGUGCUGGCUCACCUGGACAUCCCCAACCCUCGCUACCUGGGCCCAGCCAUCUCCUCCGGGGCCAUUUACCUGGCCUCCACCUACCAGAACAAGCUGCGGGUCAUCUGCUGUAAGGGAAGUCUGAUCAGAGAGUCUGGAGAGCUACAGAGGACCGGCUCCAGCAGAGGUAGUCCCAGUAAGCGAGGCCCUCCCACCUACACAGAGCACAUCUCCAAGCGUCUGACCUCGGGCCCCGGCAGCCAUGACGGUCUGCAUCGAGAGCCCAGCACGCCACAUCGCUACCGGGAGGGCCGCACCGAGUUCAGACGGGACAAGUCUCCCGCCCGACCGCUUGACCGGGAGAAGUCGCCCGGCAGGGUGCUGGACAGUCGCAGGGAGAGGUCACCUGGGAGAUUCGGAGACAGCACCCGACUUCAUGCUGGGUCUGUCCGAACACAACUCGCUCCUGUUAACAAGGUGUGGGAUCAGUCAUCGGUGUGAAUCCA